ACGGUUGCCAGUUGGGUUAUAUAUCCACUUAAAUGACAGUUACCCCGGCCUAGGUUGCCUCACGCUCUCUUCCUCCCACACCUAGGGAGACAAUGUCACCCGAUUCCAGCCUGCGACCUUCGUUGAUUGUAGCACUCACGCCGCUGUGUGCUCCACCAUGAUCGAAUUCAAGGGCCGCAGUGAGUCAAUAUUUAUCGUUACUGUGGUUUUCUUGGGGAUAUCCUUCAUUGCCGUAUGCCUACGAUGUUUCGUUCGGCUGCGGCUGGUGCGCGCAUUUGGGUGGGAUGAUGCGCUGAUGGUUUUCGCUAUGGGAUUGGAAAUUCUGUUUGCGUUAUGUGGUAUUACUGGCUCAUUGUACGGUAUGGGCCAGAAAUUCGAGCAACUGGAAGACGGCUAUCUUGAAACCGCCCUUUUCUGGUGGUGGCUAGGUCAAACGAGCUACGUCGUGACAGUUGUUGUCGCCAGGAUUUCCAUUGCGCUGGCCCUCCUCCGUCUUACUGUUUCCAAAGUACACACAAUCCUCUUAUGGUGUGUGGUAGGCGUGUCGAUCAUCGUGGGCCUCGUAUUCUGGUUUAUGUUAACCUUUGAGUGCAAACCGGUGUCACACUUCUGGCAGCGCACCAAACCCGGACACUGCAUGUCUAUUGAUAAACUCCUCGAUAUUGCCUACGUAUACAGUGUCACUGCGAUGAUCUGCGAUUUCACACUUGGAUUGCUACCUAUUUUCUUGGUGUGGAAAUUACAAAUGAGUCGCCAAACCAAGGCCGCAUUGGCGGGUAUCCUGAGCUUGGGUUGCAUUGCCAGCGCAGGUGUCAUCGUCCGUAUCCCUUUCCUUCCCACCUACAAAGACGCCGAGUUCCUCUACGCAACGACUCAGAUAUCUAUAUGGUCUAAUGUCGAAGCGGGCCUCGGGAUUACAGCAGGUUGCCUCGUCACCCUUCGCCCUCUCUUCCGCUGGCUGGGCGGAACCAGCUACGCUCCUACACGCAGCAAGAAAACCUCCGGAAGUAUGCCGCUCUCGAGUAUGAACGGCAAACAUCCCUCGCGAAGCGAACAUACCACAAACUCGACCAAAUUCUGGCGUCCGGAUCUGAACCCUGACGACACUAGGGCUAUUGUUACGACCGUGCAAACAGCUCAGGGAAGCCCGCACAGCAGUCAGGAAACCCUCAAUCCGAAGCCAGGCGCAUGGGACGGGGUCAAUGUACAUAAGUCAUUUGUUGUCACGACGGAUGAGGCCUAGAAGUUGAUCUUCUAUGCUAUUUAAUCUAUAAUCUUGAUAAGUUAUAGUGUAUUCAUUGCCCAUAUCUUUCGUGGUAUUUGCGUCAUCAGACAAUUACUUGAAAAGGCUAUGCGACAUAAUCCAAUCUCAGCUCCGGCACAACCAUCUUGACUGCUUCGCAUCAUGAUGUUAAUGGUAGUAA